AGCAAAAUCUUUAAUCUAAUAUCUCAUGCUAGUGGAUAAUGGUUAAUAUUUCACAAGACCAUUCUACUGAGGUCCUUAACAUCCCUUACAGUCUCAUCUCAUCUCUUGCAAUGGCAGUAAAUGUAUUCAGUUGGUUCUCUGGCUAAUCAGUAAAUGCAGUAGUUGAACAAACAGAUACUAACAUCUCUCAUGCACUAAAUGACUAACACUGCCUGCCGCCUCCCCUCUUAACACUGCCUUCCAUUGUUGCAGAGUCCAGCGUCUGAUUUCCCCAGCGGCCUUUGACUGAUGAAGAGAAGAGCCGCUUCGCCUGCGUCUCCUGAAGUGUGCUAAGGCCCAGGUGAGGAGGGGGAGGAGGAGAAGGAGACCAGAUACUAUUCCUGCUCCUGCUUCUGCUACUACUGCUGCCGCUGCUCCUGCUACUGCUACCGCUGCUACUGCCGCUGCCAGUGCUAGUGCUGCUGCUACCUACUGCUGUUGCUGAACUCAGGAAGCUGAGAAAACAAAAUGCUGCCAAUUGGUGGGAGAAAGGGAGAGUGACGUUGUGCUAGUGAGAGCCAUCAGAGCGGCGGCGGGCGUGCUGGCCAGUAACAUUGUUUGAGGCGUUUGUGCUGUGAGGCGCCGAGGGAAAGGAUGCGAGACCUGUGGCUCAACUGACUGUUACUGUGUCCAAGUCGACGGUUUGGAGAACAUGCGGGGUGAAUGAUGUGGGGAACAACAUCUCCCUGGGCAACUGUAAGAGCGGCAAGAGUCAGCUGAGGCCUCCGUGUGGCGGGAUGGCCGCCAUGUGAAUGUGCUUCAGGCAUGGGCGGCGAGCAGCGGGCGGCGCAGCAGUGUUCAGUGGAGCAGCCAGCAGCGGCACGUGUUCUGGACUCUAGGACUUUAGCGAAACAUUCAGUAUAAAGGUGAAAAAACUUACUUGAAAAUUGAGUCGAUUAUUAGAACACCCAUUUCAAGGCAGCAGAACACGACGGGCAGCGUGUCGUUCCCCUUCAACCCCUCGCGAGGAGGUGCCGCCACCCCCUCCCGCUGGUCACCCGAGACCACCAGUACGAUUGCCGACCAUGACUGGGGCGCGCGGGCGUGCGGGCGUCGUGACGGGAUAGCGUUGCGGCCCCAGCAUGCGGGAGGCGGCCCAAGGACACAGCCAGCGUCACUCCGCCCUUGGAAUCACACACACGACCUGUACGCGCAACAGACAUCGCCCUGUCGGCCGCCUCCUGCCGAAUCAUGAGAUAGCGACAGUGGCGGCAGCCACAGUAGCAGCAGCGAUUUCAGCUCUCACUACAGCGCCGCCAGACCACUAGACACCACCAUGAGUAACGUCUACGCCGCCUACGGGCCGAUGCCCACCAACAUCGGCGUCAGCACGAUGCCGAGACUCAACGGCUCCCUGGACCGCCGGGCCAUCAUGAUGGGCCGCUCCGCCACGCUGGGCCGCACCAACCCGGCGCCCAUGGGCCGCUACCCGCCCCCCACCCUGGGCUGCUCCUACCAGGACCUGCGCCGCUCCAGGGAGUACUUGGACAUCAAGCACGGCCCCAUGGAGCCGCUGCAGCCCUUCGACUCCAUGAGCGUGGGCGCCGACAUGCUGAGCGGCUCCCUCGAGGGCUUCCCCACGCCGCCCACCUCCACGCUGGAGCGGCGGCGCAACGGGGGCGUGGUGACGGGCUGCAGCGUGCACGGUGGCGCGGGCACGCUGAGCCGCCCAGGGAGCCGCCGCGGGUCACGCUACGACCUGGCAGAGGAGCCGCGGGGAGGGUGCUGCGGCAGGAGCUGCUGCACCCUCACGCUCUCCAUCCUCGCCUGCCUCCUCAUCCUCAGCGGCGUCAUCGUCGCCCUCUACUUCUUCAUCAAGAACGUGCCGUACGAGCCCGGACCGCCGAUACAAGAAGUUCGAGAUCCGUGCCGAGGGAAGAAGUGUCAGUAUGGUGCCCUGUGCGUGCCUACAGAGGACGGGAGGAACGCCAAGUGUGACUGUCCUACUGAGUGCCGGGUGUACGGGGGUGGGCUGGGUGCCUUGCCUGUCUGCGGCUCCGACGGCCAGGACUACGACAAUGAGUGCCACCUCCGCCGCCACGCCUGCAGGACUCAGCGCCACCUGGAGGUCAAAUACGUCGGCAAAUGUGACCCGUGUGAGGACGUGACGUGCCAGGAAAAGCAAAGUUGCCAGCUGACCAGCGAGAGGAAGCCGGAGUGCCGAUGCAACGACGCCUGUGUCACCGAGUUCAACCCCGUCUGUGCCUCCGACGGGAAGAAUUACACGAACGAGUGCGUUAUGAAGCUGGAGGCGUGCAAGGCGAGGAAGAGCCUGUUCAUCAUGUACCACGGCCCCUGCACAGAAGUGUUACAUCCGUGCAGCGAGCUCACGUGUCUACCCGGCGAGGAAUGCACCGUCAGCGUGUACGGCAUCGCGCGGUGUGAGUGUCCGCCCGCCUGCCAGCCCGUGAUGAGGCCCGUCUGCGGCACCGACGAUGUCACGUACGAUAACCUCUGUGAGCUGCACCGCGCCGUGUGUCUCAAGCAGGCGGACAUCGUGGUCAGCUACGUCGGCGUAUGUGGAGAGGAGGGUCCCUGCGCCGGGCACCAGUGUGAGCACGGCGGGGUGUGCGUGGAGCGGCAGGGGCGGCCCGUGUGUGAGUGCCCCCACUGCCCCGCCCACCUCGACCCCGUCUGCGGCGCCGACGGCAUCUCCUACAACAACGAGUGCCACCUGAGGGCCGAGGCGUGCAGGAUACGACGCCCCAUCGCCGUCAGAUACCGCGGCCGAUGCAAUGGGUGCCAGGACAAGCAGUGUGACUUCUACGGCGUGUGUGAGGCGGACGAGAGCGGCGUCGGGCGGUGCGUGUGUCCCGAGGGCUGCGACAAGGUGGAGAGCAAGGUGUGCGGGACGGACGGCAUCACGUACCUCAACGAGUGUCUCCUGAAGGUGGCGUCGUGUCACAAGCAACAGUUUGUGACGGUGGCGUCCAGCGGUGACUGUGAUCUGUGCAAGCACGUGAAUUGCAAGUUCGGUGCGCGGUGUGAGGCUGGGCGCUGCAUCUGCCCCACCGACUGCCCGGCCACGCGCGAGCCGGUCUGCGCCUCCAACGGGGUCACGUACGCCAACGAAUGCGAGAUGCAGAAGGCGUCGUGCGAAGUGGAGGGCGGCCUUAGAGUGACCUUCGUCGGGGAGUGUUCCGAGGCGCGCACUUCGGGAGUCAAGGACGACCCAAGCCUGGUAAGCCCCCGCGACUCCUCUCCGCCCCCGGUGGUGGUGGGGCCCCCGCGCCUUGACCACCCCGCGGGGCAGCAAGGGGCUGAGGGAGACGUGUGCUCGGGGAUGACGUGCGAGUACGGGUCGACAUGCACGGUGCUGAGGGACGGUCUGCCGCGCUGCUCGUGCCGGCUGGACUGUACCAACGUGCCCCAGAGCCCCGUGUGCGCCUCCGACCUCAAAAUGUACCCCAGCGAGUGCCUCAUGAUUAGGGAGGGGUGCCAGCGGCAGGUGGAGCUCAGACUCCGGCCCCUCGAGCUGUGUGAAGAUUUUGAGUUGAUUCCCUGUGACGGCGACGAACCCCUCGUGAACCCCGCCACGGGCCGUGACUACUACUGCGGCAAGGGCCCCGACACGGAGAUCUGCACGCCGGGCGCCUACUGCCACUACACGCUCUCCUUCGCCAAGUGCUGCCCCCUGUACAAAGAAGAGAACGUGACGGAGUUGGCGCCCUCGUGCAGGGAGGGGCCCUACGGCUGCUGCCCCGACAGGAAGACGGAAGCCCUCGGCCCCAGCUACGCCGGUUGUCCAUCCAUCUGCCAGUGUCACAAGCUGGGCGCCCACGAUGCCGUCUGUGACCCCGUGACCAACCAGUGCCGCUGCAAACCCGGCGUGGGCGGCACCAAGUGUGACCGCUGCGAGCCGGGCUUCUGGGGCCUGCCCAUGAUACAGCACGGCAACAACGGCUGCCUGCCGUGUGGUUGUUCCCUGUUCGGGUCUGUGCGCGACGACUGUGAGCAAAUGACGGGCCAGUGCGUUUGCAAGCCGGGCAUCACGGGCAAGAAGUGCAACGGGUGUCCUGAGGGCCUCGUGCUGGGGCCCAAGGGGUGCCGCCAACAAAGCGACACAGCCCAGCCCGCCCGCACCUGCACGGACUUGGAUUGCUACUUCGGGGCUCGCUGCAUCCAACACGACGGCCACGCGGAGUGCAAGUGUGAAGCCCACUGCCCGGAAGACUCUGCCUCAGCCCCUCCCGUGUGUGGCUCAGACGGGGAGACGUACGCCAGUGAGUGCCACCUGCGCCUCUUUGCCUGCCACUACCAGAAGGACGUGGUGGUGGACGCCCUGGGACCGUGCCCGCUGCCAGGCAACCAGUCUGAUGGAGUGACCGAGUCCCCCCUCCGCCGCUCCACCGCCCCCUUGUCCACUGAGCCCCACCGGGCAGAGACUGCGAAGGCCACCCGCCACCUGCUGCACCCAGAGUAUGUGGUGGGGUUGGGCAGCGGGUCCAGCACCCACAGCCUCUCAAACAGCAUCUUUGGGGUUGCGCCCACACCCGUCACCAUCGCUGCCUUUGGUCUGCUGGGCUCCAUCUGUUACCGAGACAAGGACUGCUCUGUUUCCUACUCCCACUGCAAGACCUCCAUCUGCACCUGCCGGUUGGGUUACACUCAGAGUGCUGACCGCCAGACCUGCGUAGUCAACACCCCAGGGAGGAAGGAGGUGGUGGGGGCCUGCAGCCAGCGCCCCUGCCAGAGAGGAGGGGUCUGCCGAGACCUGCCAGAUGGAAGCUACAGUUGUGACUGUCCAUUAAGGGCCACAGGACCUCAGUGUGAAACUGAACUACCACCACCCUAUGAAACCCCAUCAUUCAGUGGCUCUUCCUACCUGGAGGUGAAGAAAAUCAAGGCAUAUAACAAGGUGCAGGUUGAGCUGGAGUUUCGAACAUUCACCGACAGCGGGAUUUUGCUGUACAGCCAGCAGCAGCGAGAUGGCUCGGGAGACUUCCUCUCACUAGCCCUCGUUGAUGGCUUUGUUGAGUUCCGCUACAACCUGGGCUCAGGACCCGCCCUUAUCCGCAGUCAUGAACGAGUCCAGAUGAAGCGCUUCCACAGGGUGGUGGCCAAGAGGUACCAGCGUGAUGGCAUCCUGCAGCUGGAUGACACCGAAGACUCUGUGGGCAAGGCUCCUGGAAACCUUAAAAGUCUGGAUCUGCGAGGCUCAACCUAUAUUGGCUACGUCCCCACCAAUGAAAGGAGAGUUUGGGAAAAUGCCGGGACAGCUGAAGGCCUUGUGGGGUGCCUGAGGUCUGUGAGAAUCAACGGCCGGCCCCUGGACUUGGUGUGGCCUGGGUCGCCCCACGUGGUAAGGGCCGAGCACGUGGGUGAGUGUUCCGACUCGCCCUGCGUCUCCCUGCCAUGCAUCAACCAAGGCUCCUGCAGACCCACGGAUGACGGCCACUUCAAAUGUCUUUGUACCCAGGGAUUCACAGGCGAGCGGUGUGAAGUGCGACUUGACCCGUGUGAGAGUCAGCCGUGUCAGUCUGGGGCCACGUGUGUCACCCUGCCCACCGAGGGGUUCCUGUGCAAGUGUCCUCCAGGCAGAACAGGAACACUCUGCGACCAAAUGGACAGGACCCUGCGUGAGGUGGUGAUCCCUGACUUUGACGGGGACGCCUACCUUGAGCUGCCCACGCUGGAGAAUGUGGGCCACUCCCUUGUGCUGGAGCUGUGGUUCCUCACGCGCUCGCCCGACGGGGUGCUCCUCUACAAUGGACAGAUGGGCGGCGGGGGGGACUUCAUCGCCCUCAACCUCCGCAAUGGCCAUGUUGAGUUCUCCUACAAUCUGGGUUCCGGCCUUGCGACACUUGUGAGCCCCACACGUGUCCCCCUGAACAAGUGGCAUGUGGUGAGGGUGCGCAGGAAAAAGAGGCGAGGCAUCCUGAGGGUCAACCGCGGACACCGAGUGAUGGGGAAGAGCGGGCCGAGACUCAAGGAACUCAACCUCAACCAGCCACUUUACCUCGGAGGACUUGAGAACUUUACGACUGCACAUCCUGAUUCUGGCGUCACCAUGGGUUUGAACGGAGCCAUCCAGCGCCUGCUCGUUAACUCUGAAGUGUUUGAUAACCUGGACGAGAGAGCAACAGGUGGAAGGGGUGUUCGAAGGUACCGUGGGCCACCCUGCCAGAUGAACCCGUGUGAGAAUGGUGGAGUGUGUCAUCCCUUCCGCAACCGAUUCCUCUGUAAAUGCCUUGCUACCUACACCGGCAAGUUUUGUGAGAAACGUGUUGAUGAAGAGCAAAUGAUGAAACCAGUCAAGUUUGAUGGCCAGACUUUCCUCAGAUUCCCCAACAUGGUUUAUAGAAUUAACCUGACCCAGUACAACCUCACACUUGAUGAGUACGAGAGCCUUGACUUUCCGGAGCCUUGGACCGACAUUGACCUGACCUACCCCACUGAUUAUAACCUUGAUGAUGAUAUUGCAUUCCUGGAAGAAGAAGAGGAGGAGGAGGAACAAGAAGCAGCAGCAGCAGAAGAAGAAGAGGAGGAAGAAUUAGAAAAUAACCUUGGUGACAUAAAAGAACUAGAGGCGCUGGCCAAUGAAAAUGACGAGAACAUGAUUUCUCUUACGGAUGACGGUGAGGAAAGAGAGGAUGGGUCAGGCCUCCUCUCUUUAUACAAUGAUAUGGAUAAUGAAGCGAUCACAGAAGAGGAAGAGUACUAUGAGGACUUUGAGGGUGACACUCCUUCGAUACUCAACAAAAUCGAUAUGUUGUCGGGAACAGAAGAGACGGAAGAGGAAGGACUGGGCGGUAGAAGAGGCCAGACCACCAACCACUUUGAGAUCCGCUUCCGAGCGACGACCCCUAACGGCGUGCUGGUGUGGCUCAACAAGGGCUCCACCGUGUCCAGGGACUACUUUGCCCUCACCAUAAACGGAGGCUUUGUGGAGCUGUCCUUCAACCUGGGCACGCAGCAGGCCCUCCUCAUCAUCAAGUCAAAGGUGCGUGUGGACGACGGUCAGUGGCACAUGCUGGUAGUGCACCGACGCAAGCGGCUCGGCGUCCUGAGGGUUGACAACGAACGUCCAGUGAAGGGCCUCGCUGAGCGGGGCUCCACCACACUCAACACCAACGGCAAACUCUGGAUCGGUGGGUCUCCCAAGAUGCCACGCGGCCUACCUCCAGCCUACUACCAGGGCUUCCGAGGGUGCAUAGACUCCAUUCAAGUGGAGAAUCGAGACCUGAACUUAGUGACUCACGGUGACUCUCCUCUCAUAAGGUUCUGUGACGAGAUGCGGUGAAAAGAGAAAAACGAAUGUUAGUAAUUUGUAAUAUAAAAAUAAUCUUAAGUGUUUCCAGCUACACCAUUUUUACUGUCACAAAGUACUACAUACUGCCACCACUAAACUGUCAGCCUUAAAAGUUGUGUGACCAUAUCAUGUUUGCACACUUCCGUGCAUUGUAUGUUCAAUGAAUAUACUCCAGCAUAUCUGAAGAGUAGUACGUCAAUAUAUUUCCAGUUUUAAGUUGAGACGACCUAACUGGAACAGUGUAGUAGCUUAUGGAAUACAGAGAAGAAAGGAAAGAAAUGCUAUUCAUGGUUCAGUGCGGGUAUGAUAUUACAGUUCAAUCAAAGGUUGUGUUUUGACUGAUACAUGUGAGGUACUGUCAUGAGCCACAAGGAAGAGAUGGAGCCACAAGCUUCACAGGUGGUGUGAUAUAGUAGAUUUAAUUACGGUAAUAUGUCUCUGCACAUGUUACACUCCCAAUUACAGUUGGGCCUCAACAGGCUCCUUUGCUUGGUCUGCACUGAGGCAGACACAUGCCAAGCAACUUUUUUUAAGUUUUCCAGGUGUACAUAUGAAGAGUGAAUCAUAUACAGUGUAAACUAUCGGCAAGGAGGUGUAGAGUUAUGAGGAAAGGCAUGGGAAGGGCUCUUUUUUUUUUUUUUUUUUUUUUAUUUAUGUAUCUAAACUCUGAACUCACUAUUAUGAUUACUAUGAUCAACUGAUUUUAAAUAGCUCUCAACAAAACAUUAUUAUUUGGGAAACUGCAACAUAAAUAUGAACUUUACAGGCUUUACUUUUCCUUCCAUAAUUGAGAUUACUACUGAUUUUCAAUGGAAAAUGGCAGGUCUUGGUGGUGUCAUCAAACAGCAAUAAUGCCGAAGUCUGAGCUACUGAACAGCAGCUAGUUUGUAUCUGUUGUUUAGCAUGACAGCAUCAACCUUUUUUAACCAUAUGUUAUUGCUGCUGCUACUACACAAAUACAUUAUUCCUCCAAGUAGCAAUAUUACCAUUAACACAUCCUCAUCUUCUAAUAAUGAGUGAAUACAUCCCAUGUACAAUAUUUCUUUGAUUUAAACAGUUAUGCAAUUGAAAUUUGUUUGCAGCUUUCAAUAGUAGUAAUUGCAUGGCUAUUCAACUAAAUUCUAAAGCCAGUUUUACAAGUUAAACAAAAAUCUCCAAAAAUUUGCUUCAAAACAUAAACCAUUUACUGAUACAGAAGCACUUUUAGUUCCUGUAAAUUAUCGCAUUAUGUCUUCAACGGAGCUGUAUAGAAACGAAGACCAAUCAACGAAAGGUGUGCUGAGUUUGUUCCACUACUGGGCUGAGGCAGUCACGUUAUUCCAUCCAAACCUCUUUAUUAGUUAGUUAAAUAUAAGGUUAUGUAUAGUACGGUGUCACUAAUCGUGUGGGAAGGAAACAAAGUAUGGAGUUCAGUAACAUGCU